GCAAGUUCUCGUUCCCGCGGGGACGCCAUUCACGGACGGACCGGUAGGCCGCACGCCCGACCUCGCCCCCUCGUUGCGCACUACCUUUCUCCAAGGAGUACCAGAGAAAUGUUAAGCUCCUAUCUGCUUUUUAACAGGAGGCGCUUCACCCACGUUUUUGCACGUUGCCAGCAUCUUCUAGGACGUGACUGUUUCAGCCUCCGGACUAAUUACUGUGCUCUCCCAGAACUUUGUACCAGAUGGAUAUCAGCCUAUAGAAAGGUUGCCCCUGUCUUCACCAGAGCGCUGGCCUUUGGAGAAAAGGUAGCCAUCAUUGACCAGAGAGGAGAACACACCUACAAAGAUUUGUACACUCGAAGUCUUUGCCUCUCCCAGAAAAUCUGUAAGGCGCUUGGAAACCCAGAUGGCGACCUGAAGGGUGAGCGGAUUUCCUUUUUAUGCCCCAAUGAUGCUUCCUAUGUCGUUGCGCAGUGGGCUGCCUGGAUGAGUGGAGGCAUUGCUGUUCCUCUGUACAGAAAGCAUCCGGUGUUGGAACUGGAGUAUUUCGUCCGGGAUUCUCAGAGCACUCUUCUGCUUGCCGAGGAAGGGUAUGCAGAGAAGGUCACCCCCACUGCUGAGAGACUGGGGGUGCCUGUGCUCUCGCUUCCCCAGUCGGGGAAGUGGGAUGCGACAACUGAUGGAUCCCUCGGACAUGCCAGUUGCCCCAUUUCGGAGUGGGAGCACAGAGGGGCCAUGAUCAUCUACACCAGUGGGACCACAGGAAGGCCCAAAGGAGUCCUGAGCACUCACCAGAAUGUCCAUGCUAUGAUAACUGGGCUGGUUGAAAAAUGGGCAUGGACAAACGAUGAUGUGAUUCUCCAUGUACUCCCCUUGCAUCAUGUCCAUGGGGUGGUCAACAAACUGCUGUGUCCCCUCUGGGUGGGUGCCACCUGCAUCAUGCUUCCUGAGUUUAGCGCACAAAUGGUCUGGGAAGCCCUCCUGAAUCUUCAGGCUCCCCGGAUCAACGUCUUUAUGGCAGUGCCAACCAUUUAUAGCAAAUUGAUUGAGUAUUAUGAUGAGCGUUUCUCUCAGCCGCUUGUCCAGGACUUCAUUCAUGCUGUCUGCCAGGAUCACAUCCGGUUGAUGGUAUCAGGGUCCUCAGCCCUCCCGGUGCCGGUCCUAAAAAGGUGGAAGAGCCUCACGGGGCAUGUUCUCUUGGAGAGAUACGGGAUGACCGAGAUUGGGAUGGCACUUUCCAACCCGCUACAUGGGCCACGUGUUCCAGGAUCGGUUGGGACGCCGCUGCCAGGAGUAAAGGUGUGCAUCACCACCGGAAGCUGGGCGAAGGAUGGCUCUGCGUUCUGCAUUCACGCUGAAGGGGAUGAGACCGGCACAACGGUGACUCCAGGCUUCGAUGCCAAAGAAGGGGAGCUCCUUGUGAAGGGACCCGCAGUGUUUCAGGAGUACUGGAACAGACCUGUUGAAACCAAGGACGCCUUUACUCCUGAUGGCUGGUUCAAGACAGGCGAUACAGUGGUAUAUAAGGAAGGCACCUACUGGAUUAGGGGACGGACCUCAGUUGACAUCAUCAAAAGCGGUGGUUACAAGAUCAGCGCCCUGGAAGUCGAGCGCCAUCUUCUGGCCCACCCUAGCAUUGCAGAUGUUGCCGUGAUUGGUGCCCCAGACAUUGUCUGGGGUCAGAAGGUCAGUGCUGUGGCAGAGCUCCACAAGGGCCAGGAAUUGUCUCUUCAGGACCUCAAGAAAUGGGCAAGGGAGACCAUGCCAUCUUACACCAUCCCUUCUGAACUGCUCCUGGUGGAGGAAAUUCCACGCAACCAAAUGGGCAAGGUGGACAAGAAGCAGCUUCUCAAACAAUUCUAUGGCCCGUUGUGAAAGCAUCAGCCCAUAGGAGGCGUGCGGGCAGAACAAGGGAGCUCUGUGGCGGAAGCGGGGCUUCAAAGCAGGACUUUGCUUGCAAAACCUGACUCUUACCCUUGCGGGUUUAGCUCAACAUCUGUAAGACUGAACAGGACCUGUGAUUUAUUUUCGUAGCUGUAAAUCUGGCUUUGCACUGCUCCGUCUCUUUCUGGACCAGCAGAAAAUUCAGCCUACUGAAAACGCAAGGGUUGGUAGGUGACCGCGGAAGAGGUCCUGGCUCGGCUUGUGGCCCAGAGGGAGGCUGUUUGAACAGAAGCUGCAGCCUCCCGAGACAAGGCCUACUCUUGGUCUGCAGAGCGCGCGAGAGGGCCAUGAAUAUUCUGAGCAUGGGCACAUGGGCAGGAUCACCUCCCUCCCUCUGCACAGCUGAAAGUUCCUCCCCUCCACGCAAAUGCAUCUCUGGAGCUGAAGAUUUAAACAUGGAGACGUGCGUGUUAAAGGACAGGCAGGUCGGUCAAAGCAGAAUUCGUAUCCGUUCAUGUCAUCUCACCCAUAUUUCCAUGCUGUUCUGCACAACUCUGACCUCUUAAAAAUCCGUAUUAAAUUUAUAUUUACAUUUC